AUGGACAAACUCACCCUCUACAUCCUCACCUUCAAUUGCGCCCGCAACCCCGUCGACAUCGACCUCUUCGCCGCCCACUUCUUCCACGCCCUUCCCCACACCGUCACCUCCGCACCGGAUCUCAUCGCCCUCAGUCUCCAGGAACUCGCCCCGAUCGCCUACGCCUUCCUCGGCGGCUCCUACCUCACCCCCUACUUUACCUCGUUCCGGCAGGUUGUUGAUCGAGCGGCGGCAAGGCGCUGGGAGGAUGCGCAGUAUGUCACUGUGUCGGAGGACCACGUAGGGAUGACGGGGUUGAUGGUGUUUGCGCGGUCGGACGUCGCGGGGCGGAUCGCGUCGGUGCAGACCGCGGGGGUCGGGCUGGGCUUGCAGCAGAUGGGGAAUAAGGGGGCUGUUGGGGCGAGGCUGGGGUGGUCGUUGGAGUCCGGGACGGGGACGGGGACGGUGCCGCUGACGUUUGUUGCGGCGCACCUUGCGCCUGCGGAGGAUGCGGUUGAGCGGCGGAAUGAGGAUUGGAGGGGGAUCGUGGAGCGGUUGGUUUUUACAACUACAACCACAAACCACGAGGAGGAUUCGGAGCGCGCGGCUUUGCUUGGUUCGUCGACUGGGGAGGGUGACCGGGAGGGCGAAGCGGAGGGCGUGUUUACGGCAGGCUACCUCUUUCUCGCGGGCGACCUCAACUACCGCACGUCCAACACGCUGCCGCAGACGGCGGAUUUCGCACGAUUCCCGCAGCUGGAUGCGGACGAGAGCAGCCCGCUGCAUUACUCGCGGCUGCUGCGCGACGACCAGCUCACGCGUGAACGGGAAAAGGACCGGUGUUUCCAGGGCCUGACUGAAGCGCCGAUCUCCUUCCCGCCGACGUACAAGUACAAGCUUGGGGCGCGGGAUCCGCGCCAAUGGAAGUUUGUCCACAGUCGUUGGCCGAGCUGGUGCGACCGGAUCUUGUAUCUAGAUCCUUCUGCUGGAGGGCCGGCGACGGCGACGGUUACGCCUUGCCGAUACGACGUGCUGCCUCUGUUUCCGACGUCGGACCAUCGUGCCGUUGCGCUGGCGGCGGCGGUGGUCCUGCGAUCGGUCCAGGCCGGACCAUCAGAUUCAGAAUCUGCACCUGCGACAGACGUGCAGCAGCCGCAGCAACAGCCGGCGGCUCCGUUUCCGAUCGACCGGGAUUGGAAACGCAAACGAGAGGAGGCCCGACGCAAAGAGCUGGUGGUGGGUGGAUUGGCGUAUCUAGGGUUGACCUGGGAGGGCCGUCGGAUCCUGGUGGGCAUGGUCAUUGGCGGGUUGGGGGCGUGGUUCGUGCUGCGAUCGAUGCUCAGCGUUUGA